CGCGGCAGCCCGGGAGAGGGGGCCCAGGGGGCGGCGGCGCGGGGGAUGGGGAAGGAGCAGGAGCUGCUGGAGGCGGCCCGCACCGGGCACCUCCCGGCUGUGGAGAAGCUCCUGUCCGGGAAGCGGCUCUCCUCAGGCUUCGGGGGCGGCGGCGGCGGCGGCGGCUCGGGGGGCGGCGGCGGCGGCUCAGGGGGCGGCGGCGGCGGCGGCGGCCUGGGAUCCUCCAGCCACCCUCUCUCCAGUCUGCUCAGCAUCUGGAGGGGGCCGAACGUGAACUGCGUUGACAGCACUGGCUACACACCUCUGCACCACGCUGCGCUCAACGGUCAUAAGGAUGUGGUUGAGGUUCUCCUGAGGAACGACGCGCUGACCAACGUGGCGGACUCGAAAGGCUGUUACCCGCUGCACUUGGCCGCGUGGAAAGGGGACGCGCAGAUCGUGCGGCUGCUCAUCCAUCAAGGACCCUCACACACCCGAGUCAACGAGCAGAACAAUGACAACGAGACGGCACUGCAUUGCGCAGCGCAGUACGGCCACACGGAAGUGGUGAAGGUCCUCUUGGAGGAGCUCACGGACCCCACCAUGCGCAACAACAAAUUCGAGACCCCCCUGGACCUGGCUGCACUGUACGGGCGACUCGAGGUGGUGAAGAUGCUCCUGAACGCGCACCCCAACCUCUUGAGCUGCAACACUAAGAAGCACACCCCUCUGCACUUGGCAGCGAGGAACGGCCACAAAACCGUGGUCCAGGUCCUCCUGGACGCUGGCAUGGACAGCAACUACCAGACGGAGAAGGGCAGUGCUUUGCAUGAGGCUGCUUUGUUUGGCAAGACCGAUGUGGUGCAAAUCCUGCUGACUGCAGGAAUCGAUGUUAACAUAAAAGAUAACCGCGGACUGACCGCCCUCGACACUGUCCGGGAACUGCCUUCUCAAAAGAGCCAGCAGAUCGCGGCCCUCAUUGAAGAGCACAUGACUGGGAAAAAAGGUGCAAAGGAGCCAGAAAAGACCCCCACGCCCCAGCCGCCUCUCAGCUCUAACGUGGACUCCAGCUCCCAGAAAUCGCAGGGUGACGUGGAGAAAGCAGUGACCGAGCUGAUCCUGGAUUUUGACACCAGCACGGAAGAGGAGGGGCCCUACGAGGCGCUGUACAACGCCGUCUCCUGCCACUCCCUGGACAGCAUGGCCAGCGGGCGGUCGUCUGACCGCGACUCCACCCCCAGGGACUGCGAGGCCACAGGAAUGAAAGCGGCCGGAGUGAGGCCGAGGGAACGCCCACCGCCUCCAGCAAAGCCACCGCCUGACGAAGAGGAUGAUGACCACGUGGAAAAGAAGUAUUUUCCUUCCACAGCGUCUGAGAUCUCGGCCAUGAGACCCGGAAGCGCUACGGGGGUCGAGGAUGAGCACCCGUAUGAGCUGUUGCUAACAGCAGAAACAAAGAAAUGGGCAUCCACCGAUGGAAAGCUGAAAGACCACAGGCGGAGCAGUAGCAGCCGGAGCCAGGACUCAGCGGAGGGGCCGGACGGGCAGGUCCCAGAGCAGUUCUCGGGCCUCCUCCACGGCUCCUCCCCGGUGUGUGAAGUGGGGCAGGGCCCUUUCCAGCUGCUCCCGGCCCCCGAGGACGCCGCAGCGCCGGGCACCUGCCCCGACGCCAGCAUGCAGCUGGAGGGGACGGCGCCGCCCGCCCCCGGAGCCUCGCCGCCCCGCGCGCUGGACCCGAGUCGGCGAGGGGGCUACCCCGCGGGCCUGCCCACCAGCGGCAGCCAAUCGCACCCCGAAACUUUGACUCAGAGCUCAUCUGCACACCCUGCCGGUGCCGAGGAAGACGGAGAGCGGAGCGGGGCCAGGAGCCGGGCCCCUCCCACUGGCCGACCCAGAGCCGAACUCAAGCUCAGCCGCAGCCUGUCCAAGUCAGACUCAGAUCUCCUGACCUGCUCCCCCACGGAGGACGCCGCCAUGGGCAGCCGGAGCGAGUCCCUGUCCAACUGCAGCGUCGGGAAGAAGCGGCUGGAGAAGUCGCCCUCCUUCGCCUCCGAGUGGGAUGAGAUCGAGAAAAUCAUGAGCUCCAUUGGAGAGGGGAUCGACUUCUCCCAGGAGCAGCAGCGGAUCUCAGGUUCGCGGUCGCUGGAGCAGAGCGUCGGGGAGUGGCUGGAGGCGGUGGGGCUGCAGCAGUAUGAGAGCAAGUUGCUGCUGAAUGGCUUUGACGAUGUCCGCUUCCUGGGCUCCAACGUGAUGGAGGAGCAGGACCUGCGGGACAUCGGCAUCAGCGACCCCCAGCACCGGCGGAAGCUGCUGCAGGCAGCGCGGGCCCUGCCCAAGGUGAAGGCUCUGGGCUACGACGGGAGCAGCCCCCCCUCGGUGCCCUCCUGGCUGGACUCCCUGGGGCUGCAGGACUACGUCCACUCCUUCCUGUCCAGCGGCUACAGCUCCAUCGACACUGUGAAGAACCUCUGGGAGCUGGAGCUGGUCAAUGUGCUGAAGGUUCACCUGCUCGGCCACCGCAAGCGCAUCAUCGCCUCCCUCGCAGAGAGGCCCUACGAGGAGCCGCCCCAGAAGCCGCCACGCUUCUCCCAGCUGCGGUGCCAAGACCUGAUCUCCCAGACGUCAUCACCCCUGAGCCAGAACGACUCGUGCACGGCCCGGUCUGCGGACCUGCUGCUGCCCCCCGGGGACACAGGCCGGAGGCGGCACGACAGUCUCCACGACAGUCUCCACGGGCCCACAGGGACCUCCCGCCUGGAGCGCCCCAGAGUACAGGAGGAGCCCCGCGAGGGGAAGCUGACGCUCCGGCCGCCCCGUCUUGCCGCGCCCUACGCGCCCGUGCCCAGCUGGCAGCACCAGCCCGAGAAGCUCAUCUUCGAGUCCUGUGGCUACGAAGCCAAUUACCUGGGCUCCAUGUUGAUCAAGGACCUGCGAGGGACGGAGUCCACGCAGGACGCCUGUGCCAAGAUGCGGAAAUCCACCGAGCACAUGAAGAAGACCCCCACCAUCGUCCUGUCCAUCACCUACAAAGGGGUCAAGUUCAUUGAUGCCUCCAACAAGAACGUCAUCGCGGAGCACGAGAUCCGUAACAUCUCGUGCGCAGCCCAGGACCCCGAGGACCUGUGCACCUUCGCCUACAUCACCAAGGACCUGCAGACCAGCCACCACUAUUGCCACGUGUUCAGCACAGUGGACGUGAACCUGACCUACGAGAUCAUCCUGACGCUGGGGCAGGCGUUCGAGGUGGCCUACCAGCUGGCCCUGCAGGCCCAGAAGUCCAGGCCGCUGGGCGCCUCCGCGGCCGACACCAUCGAGACGAAAUCUUCCAGACCGGUGCCUAAGCCUCGGGUGGCCACGAGGAAGUCCGCGGUGCCGCCCCCCGACACUCGCUGUUGUUACUGUCACACGUGCACCACCCAUCGUCCUUCCUACCUACCGCUGCCGUCUGUUAGUCCCGGAGUCAAGCUGGAACCGCCCGAUGUGGACCAAGACGCCCAGUCCCACGCCAGUGUCUCCUGGGUGGUGGACCCCAAGGCCGACUCCGUGCGGAGCCUGAGCACCAAGUACGAGACCACUAUCUUCUAACGCGCCCCUGUCUCUGCUCGCCUCACUGUGCCUUCCGGUCUCUGCUCUCCUCAACUCUCCUGCCAGCUGCUGACGCCUCGGCCCCACCCCUGGGACCCACCCUCACAGCUUGUACCUAACACCACCGGACACUGUGAACCCCCCUUGGGUGAGGACAGCCUGGGGGGUGAGUUGCCUUCGAGGUGGGCACCCCCGUGCCCAGGAAGCCUCGGCAGGAAGGCGCUGUGAACCCGGGGGGGCGUCCUGCCAGCAGUCGGGGCAGCCCCGUGUCGGCCCGAAGGAGCCUGGCUCUGCCGCCUCCCCUCCCCUGGCCGCCCCUCGCCCCUCUCCUCCCUGUCCUCUCCCCUCUCUCCUCCUCUCCUUCCCUUCUCUCCUCUCCCACGCUGAGCCCUGCUGGGCGGCCCUGUAGCUCACUGUCUGCACCUUCCUGACACAACCAGCCACUGUGACCACCAGCCGGGCCCCUCACUGCUCCCAGGCGACCCGUGGCCCGGCCCCUCCCCCCACUCCAAGGUGCUGCUUCCGUGGGCCCCAUCCGGGCCCGACCCUUGAAACGGGCUCUGCCUCUCUCCCACGGCGCCGAGCUUCUGCCGGCCCCUGGGCCUGGCAGGGCGGCCCCGCUGGGGACACAGGAGGGCGUUUAUGGGAUGCCCCUCUCGACCCCCAGGGCGUCCAGGCCCGGCCCGUGUCUGGCCCACGGGCUCUCCAGCAGCCCCCUGCCCUGAUCUCUGCAGGGUGGGGGCCGGGGUCAGCAUCCCCCUCACACCCCUACCCCGUGAGGCUGCCUCUUGCCUCCGGGGCACCUCCGCGCAGCUCCCCGCUGGGCAGGACGGGCGUCUCGGGUCGGGUCUGCGCAAGAGGCUGAAGGCAGCAGCUCCGGGCUCGGGCUCGGGCGGGCGGCGUCUGCUCCCGCGCCCCCUCCCCGCCCCCGCGUGGCCUGUGUUAACUCUUUCCUCCCUCCCCGUGUGUUUGCUUCUGCCAAGCUGAGCCACGAGGAGCCACUGUGCCGUGGAGACACAGUCGUGGGAGCGCAGCUCCUGCCGCCGCCACCGCCGCCGCGCCUGCAGCCCGACACCGGCCGGGCCUGGCCCCCGCCCGGAGGCAGCGCCGCGCCGAGACCGGAGCUCCAGAGGGUCAAGAAGGGACUGGCCUGAACACUUUUUUUUUUUUAAUAGAAUUUUAUAAAACGAACUUUUAACACUUGGCUCACACCUCUGGGUUAGAACUGCCACGUGGCCGGGGCGGAAGGGGGCUGGGCGUGGGCCGGCGGGGGGCGGGCGGCACUGCAGGGCGCAUGUCCCCCCACCCACCGGGCGGGGACCGGGCGGGGGUCCCAGAGGCGGAGGGGCUGGCGCUGCAGGAAGGUGGCCCUGCACCGUCUGAGCCGAGCAGGCCCAGCCCCCGGUGGGGCCCCGGUGGGCAGGUCCGUGCGCGGGGCCCCAGGCCCGGGACCCUGCAUUAUCCGUCUGACUGGGAUGCUGGGCCCCUGGCCCCGCCGUGGCCCGAGGGUGGCCGUCCCAGUGCUGAGCCCCUCCCUGCUGCUGCUUUGCUCACGAGCCGCGUGGUCGGGGCAGCUGCCGGCCUGCCCCGCGUCUGGGGCCCCGGGUCUGAGCUCGAGCUCUGCCAGCCCAGGCUCCCCGGGGCCUGCCAAGGUCGGCCGAGAAGCUCGUCGGGUGCGUGUGUGCACCCCGGCUGGGCACGGUGACCCGCUCGCAGGCCGCCCUCUCCACUGCCGCCAGCUCCCCAAGAGAGUGGACUCCGGUCCACUCCAGUCCCGGGAGCCGGGCUGCCCCUCCUGCACUGCUCCCCGCGCCCCGCCCUUGCCAGCAGGCAGAGGCCAGCAGGACCCCCACAGACACUAGGAGCCCGCGCCGCCCUCGUCUCUGCCGCUCACGCCCGCGUGCCCGCACCCCCCUUGAAGCUGCUAUCUCUCCUUUAUUUAUUCAGGGUGACCACUUGGGGCACUUCGGCUCGUCCGCUCGGGGCUCUGGUGGACAGGGCUUCGUUUCUAUCAUGGCUCUCGGCUCCCCCAAGGCAGGGCGCCCCGUUCCCAGACGGGCCCCUCGCAUGUGGCCAGCACCUGCCAGGAGGGCUCCCCUGGGGCAGGCCCAGCCCACAGUGCUCCCCCAUCAGGCCAGAUGGGCAGCUCCGUGGCCAGCCUGGGGCUGGUGGGCAGCAAGGGGGCUGCUGCCCUCAGGGUGGGAGCGCCCGCGCGCCCUGGGUGCCAGCAGCGGCCACCACAGAGCGACUGCCGGGAGGCACCCCCCGAGUGACGCGGAUGGUGUGGCCAGGGGACUGGAUUGUAAUAAAAUGUUAUUUAAUCAUUGUCUCUGUAUUUUGAUACUUGAAUGAUUCCCGUUUGUUUUACUGUACAUAUCAUUGUCAAUCUGUCCGGGUUUUGUCUGAAUCGCCAAGACCGCGUGGUACCAAGCAUCACGGCCCUGUGCAAAACAGAGACUGACCUCACUGCGAGCGAGAGUGCGACUCUUCCCGGGUUCCGACUUGGCUUGGUUAUUUUUCAUAACUGUACAACUUAGAACAGACUGAAUAAACGAGAAAGCAACAUGAAACCA